GUCUGGCCAUCAUACAUACCGCAGGGUACAACGUCGGCCGCAGCAGCCGCGGCAGCCACUCUACAGCCGCCGCCCAAUUUCAUAUUCCCCUCGAUGAGCCCCCACUCGACGCUACAGCCGCAGUCGUACGCCACAUCGCUUCAGCUCUUCGGCUCGAAUUACUUAACCGCGGCCGCAGCAGCAGCCGCCGCAGCCGCUGCCACUUCUACACUUUGCCAACACAAUCAACAGCAAACUACCAGCACACAGCAAACCACAAGUUCAAUCAAUUUGAGCUUGGCGGCGAGUGCGGGUUCUGUACCCCCGGGUGGUAGUGGUGGCAGUGGGGCGAGCAGCAUGAGCCACAAUCCACACAGCAGCAGCAGCACAAGUGGCCGCUUUUUAAGUUUGGCAACAGCUGGUGGACCCGCCGCCACCAUGUUCGAUGCGCCAAAACCACAAAAAACACUACAGCCUACGUUGACGCUACCACAACCCGUGCCACCACCGUCCACAGCUACGUUCCCGCCGCCGCCGCCGCCCUCACUCAUCCUACCACCUGCCGGAAUGAAAAUCGAAGAGUGGAGUGCUACAGAUUUUAUGGCGGCUGCGGCGGCGGCAGCAGCAUCAUCAUCAGUUAAGACAGCUCACACACAAAUGGGCGCAGCACCGCCAACUGCAUCUCAGCCGAUCGCAUUGAACUUCGAAAGUCGCGACAAGAUGACUACAACGUCAUCGAGCACAACGAACUUGUUGGACUUGCAGAACGCAGCGGCUGCUGCCAAUACACAGGCAUUGAAUUUGAUGCGGCUGCCUACGCCGCCCACCUCGGCGACAAUGGAGACUGCGGCUGCAGCUGCUGGCGGGCCACAACUGCAGCCACAGAUACUAUUUCAUGCCACUUCGACGCCCUCGCCGGCUUUGCUCAAUCUCUCGGCGUCAAUGCCGCGUGGUGCGGCUGGCAGUGUCGGCGCCGGCACUACAACCGUCACUCCGACAGGUAUUUUCAUAAGCGGGGGUGGUGGGGGUGGCGGUGGCACAGCAACGCCAGUGACACUUUCGGCUACUAUCGGUCCACCAACGCCGCUAGGGGAUGAGCCGACCGCCAUAAACUUCAAAACCAGUCCAGUAGAAGCGCCGCCGCAACAAUCGGUAGGCGGUAUUGUGGUCGGCGUGCCGCGUGUGAUCAGCAAUAACGGGCAAGCAAUGCAGGCGGGGCCGCCGCCACAAAUGCAGGAUGUGAAUAUACAGACGGAUACGCCGGUGUGUAGUGAUGACGAGAACUCAACAUGCCCACUUGCCAUUCAACAGCAGCAGCAGCAGCUACAGCAACAACUUCAGCAACACUUACAUGCAACACAGUCAGGGGCGUCACAGUCACCGAACUAUAUGAACGAUGGCGAAGUGCAGCAGCCUUUGGAAUUGACCAAACAAAGUUAUCAUAGCGGCGUCACCAAUUGCUCCGAAGGUGCUGGAUAUACGACGAAUACAGCGCCAACAUAUAUCGCCACAAAAACAACAACAGAUGCAAAUCAACUUGAGUGCCAUAAUGAAGUAAACGCUACGCCGAAUGGAGAGGCUGAGUACCAAGAGGCAUCCGCGCAUCAACAGUCGCAAUCGCAGCCCCUGCCACCGCCGCCAACUCGGCCGCCAACGGCAUGCCCAAUGGGCGAAGCCGCAGCAAUGCAUCCAGUGUCGGAAUCGCUGCAAUCCAGCGAGCAUCACCAGUACCACCAGCAACAGCAGCAGCUGAAUCAACAGCAGCAAUCUGGCGCAGAGGAUCUAACCGGUCUCGAACUACUCUCCAACAUCAGCACAAGCACGCUGGCGGGUAAGGGUAUCGGCGUUGGCGUCGGUAUGGCCAUGGUGCGUGUUAAGCAGGAGCCCAUCGAUCAUAUGGAUGUACCAGUCUCAUCAAUGGGUGCUGAUAUGGCGUCGCAACCAGCGCUGACGACUCAUUUGAUGCCACAGGAAACCGUUCUGACAUCACAGGCUGCCUCGGCUAGCUGUGACUCCUGUGUGCCCAGAGAGCCUGAAAUGCUGCAGCGGCAACCAACACCGCUGCCUUUGUUGCCGGCCGUGGCCACGCCUGCACAGCUGCCACUUGCGCCAACGCCCGGUGUGGAGCCACUUGGUGGGUUGAAUUUGCUUUGCGCGCUUGCCGAGCAGCGUAUUCAAGAGGAAGUGCAGAUCAGCAGGAGUCAUUUGUUUGCCGACAACAAAACUCCGCCGCCGGCGCCGCCACGUUCAACAUCGUCCUUUGGUUUUCAAACGCCACAGCCCCAAAGCCAGACGCAUCUGCAGCAACAGUCACCGCCACCAUAUCGUCUGGAGCAAACUUCCUUCCCCUCAAUGGAAGGCAUUGAGCUGCCUUCGACGAGUGGGCUGGGCCUCGGCAUAGGUAACGGCGGCGACCCACCAGUAAAGCGCAAGAAGCAUAAACAUUCCAAAUCAUCAAAGUCCUCUUCGUCAUCCACACUGGGCGGCAUCGGGGGUGUGGUUAGCAAGAAGUCGCAGCGUUGCUCGAAAAAGAGCAAGAAAAAAUAUUCGAAGGAGAAGCGCAAACACAAGCAGCAACAGCAACAAUUGCUGGCCUCUGCUGCUGCUGCAGCUGCUGCCUCUGCCUCUGCUUCCGCCGAUGAUGUGGACUUCGAGGACGAACAAUUGCAGCAGGAGCUCAAGAGUGCCUUCAAUCGCGUGGAUCCCAACUUCCAGUUGCGUUUCGGGCAAUGGGCCAAUGCGCAGGAGAUAUUUGAGCUGAUGGAGAGCGAUAUGCGCAUGCGUUUGGCCGAUAUAACGCGGCAAUAUCGCAAGAAGAAGCGAAAGCUCGACGAGAUGUCCAAGAAUAAAAAGAAAAAGAAAUGCGCGAAAUUGCUAGCCGCACAGCAACUGCAACAACAACAACAACAGCAGCAGCAAUCAACACUCUCACUGGCUUCCCUCAGCGCAACCGGCAGCGGUGGCAGCCUCGCCUGCAGCACCACUGGCAGCUCUAUGCCACUCUGUGAUUACAAGUUUCCGAAAUUCACCACCAACAGCGGUGUGGGUGCUACAUCUACGCCCUACUUAAAUCGUUCCACUUUCUUGCGCUUCGGCGAGAAGGCGCCGUCCGCAACGCCAGCACCACCGCACGCACAAUUUCCGCCCGCCGAAUGUGACAACUCGGAAGACAACAAUACGCUUUCGUCUAACACCACCACCAGCGGUCCUUCCAUGGCCGUUUACAAGCCGGUGCGUUUAGGUCCGAGCGCGUUGGCGGGUGCCGUUGCAGCCGCAUCAGUAGGUGUCGAUAUGCGCAAUGGUGUCACACCCCAUAGACAUGGGCAAAAACAUAGUGCGUCCGAUAAGAGUUCGAGCUCGGCAAUUGUAUGCAAAGAACCGAAACUAAUGGCAGUCGCGGCGACUUCGUCUUCAACUUCGCUCACCUCUAGCCGUCGCUCGAAUGAGACGCUCUCUUCUUCGGCCGAUGAGCAGCAACCGCCUAGCGCAUCAUCACCUCUGCUCGCACACAAAUUGGCAACUCAGCAGCAGAUUUCCAAGCACGCAACGCAACAGCGACAAGAGCAGCAGCAGCAGCAGCAGUGCGCGGUGGCGCUGCCGCAACAACAAUCAAAGCAGCAACAACAGCAGCAGCAGCAGCAAUGCAGAAAGCCCACAGACCCGCGCGAUUAUCAGCUAAUGCUGACCAGCGAACAUUUGUAUCGCAAGGAGACGCGUGUGCUAACCGACAUGGGCGGACUAUUCUAUGCGGGCGUGAUGAAACCGCUGCAGCCGCCUGAUGUUUACGCAAUCACCUUGGAUGGUGAGCGUGGGAAUAAGUCGCAUAUCAUGUCGCGCGAGGAGAUUUUCAAGGACACUAUUCUGGAGGUGGCGCCCAAAUCCGUGGACUGUAUACCAAUUGGCACGCGUCUCUGCGCCUAUUGGAGUCAGCAAUAUCGUUGCCUAUAUCCGGGACGUGCCAUCGAAUCGGAGUCGUCCGACGAUGGCGAAACUCCCAAUGAUUCAGUUAGCGUAGAAUUCGAUGAUGGCGACAGUGGGCGUAUACGUCUACAGAAUAUACGCUUUCUACUAAGCGACUAUCCCAUUGUGGUCUCAUUUAAAAAAGGAUCGGAAAUUUUGGCUCAAAGCUUAUUAGAUGAUGAAAAGAUUUCUUCGCUUCCGAAAAAGUACAACGAUAAUCCCCUCUACUCUUUAGGCAAGCACAAGAAGUCUGGUGCAACGCACGCGCGCGGCAACGCUAAUGGCUCCGGCAGUAGCCACAAUUCCAAUGAUGCUCAUGAACACACUUCCAUAUUUGCAGUCUCUGAUCUGCCUGUGGCGACAACGACAGCAACAGCGGCAGCGGCAGCGGCAGGGGCGUUGGCAGUGGCUGGUGCACCAUCUACGUGCGGCAGUGAAUCGCAAACACAGAGUGCUAAGGAAAUUAGCGCGCAGCGUAAAGAGAAAAGGCGUAUCAAAAAUUUGAAGAAAAAAUCCCAAGCAGCUGCAGCGUUGGCAGCCAGCACAAAUGGGUGCGUGAAUGGCAGUUUGUCAGCGUCUGCGUCCGCAUUGGCGCCGGCAAAUGGCAGCGGGCUAGCGGUUGUGGCGGCCGUUAUGAAUGGCACAAAUGGUGUGGACGACGCCGCGGUGGCCGCUGACUGCAAUCGCAAGCACCACAAGCACAAAAAACGCAAGAAGCACAAGAAACAUCAUCAUCGCAAGACGAAUGGUGGCGAGUAUGAAGCGAUCAAUGGCAGCAACAACACAUUCGUGAUCAAGAAUGCCGGUGUGGCGCCAAGCGGCAGCUUUCUGACAUCAACACCGACGACUUCUUACAAAGGUAAGCGUGAAUUUGCAGCGGCUGUUGCUGAUAAUCACAGCAAUAAUGCGCAAAUGGCAGGAGACGAAAAUGAAAUCGCCGCUGAGGAGCAGGAUGAUGACGAUGAGGCGCAAGAGGAGGAGAAUGAGAAUGAGGAGGUUCGGGUUGCACAAACGCCAGUUGCUGGCGCCUUCCAAGCGGUUGCCGGUCAUAGCAAGUCGCAAACGCAAAGCGGAUCGUCUUGUUUGUCCGCAGCUGCUGCGAUUAAGGUAGAGACGACUGCGGCGUCGACAUCGGCAGCAACAAAUGCUAAAGUCAAAACAGAGCAUUUGGAUUUAGAGGAGGAAAGCACCUCUAAUAUGAUGUCCGAAUUAUCGGAUGAGAAUAAAUGCGAUGAUGAUGAGGUGGAACACAAUAAUUCAAAGGGUAGCAAAAUUGCUGCUUUUUUGCCGGAGCGGCAACUCUGGGGUUGGCAGGGAAAAGCGUAUCGCAAGGCUGGUGUUAAGGGCAGAGCCCGCAAGCAAUUCUACAAAACAAUCAAAAGGGGCAAAGAAACAAUAACUGUGGGGGAUUGUGCAGUAUUUUUAUCGACUGGCAGACCAGAUAGGCCAUAUAUUGGACGUAUUGAAUCCAUGUGGGAGACAACGUCUAGCAAUAAAGUCGUGCGCGUUAGAUGGUUCUAUCAUCCUGAAGAGACAACAGGUUGUCCAAAUCUAAAAUAUCCGGGCGCCUUAUUUGAAUCACCGCACGAGGACGAAAAUGAUGUCCAGACAAUAUCGCAUCGCUGUGAAGUACUUCCGUUUGAGCGUUAUUUUGGCAAAUUCGGAGCUGAUUCAAAGCAAUAUCAAUCGAUUUAUGAUAAUAAUGAUACUUACUACUUGGCCGGCUACUACAAUCCGCGAAUACAGGUGCUCAAUAUACAAGACGAGAUACCUACGCUAAAAGCUGAACAGCAAAUGCAGCAGCAGUUGCAGCAACAGCUGCUGGCAAAAGUACAGCAACAGCAGAACGGUGUUUGCUUGGAAAAUGUAAGUGCGGAUGUUGAAUAACUAAAAAAAAAGGAAGAGAAGCAGUAAGAAGAGGCCGAAGGAAGCAGAUUUAAAUAGUAAUUAAUUGUAAGUUAAAAGUAAAGUAAAUAUAUGUAAGUAUGUAAAAAUACAUAGAUACACAUAAUGUGUAUCAUUACACAAUGACAAAGCAACUACAUAUACUAAUAUAUAGUACUGCUGUAGCGUUAUUGUAAAUGUGUGUAAUGCCGGGUAUGUACGGACACAGAGACGAUGGACGUGUGCGCUGCUAGCGUCCCUUAACUACUAUAUAAACCGGCUACGUUGUGCUGUAUGUUUAUACUAUUUGUAUAUGUGUAAGGAUAACUGUGAAACGAUUUAGUUUUAGAGGAGAGAGAGUUAAAAAGGAGCUAAUUGCAAAACAAAAUGAUACAAAAAA